GUUGGCCAUUGUCUUUUUUUAAAUGUUCUGACCGGAUGUUUCUAGAUAUUCUUACGUUUUAAACUUGACAUUGAUGACAGCAGCGUAGCAUCACCUCUCCUCCCUCCCUCCCUCCCUCCCUCCCAUCCAUCCAUCCUCUGCACAAUCGCCAAGUGAAACUGCUGAUUAAACUGCUGACUCUCGGGCGUCUUGUGUGUGUGUGUGUGUGUGUGUGUGUCUGACCCUCCACCAUGUAGUCACCUGAGCGCUGACAGCAGAGCUCCAUCCAUGGCAUCUUUCUAAACAACGAUUCUCUCAUCCUCCGGUCCGGUCGUGACAUAGAUAUCCAGCCCUCCACCCCCACCUCGUUCAUCAUGCUGCAGAUCGGAGACGAGGUGGUGUAUUUCUCGGCGGUGUUCCUGUUGGUGAUGUUGGGGACGAGGAGCGCCACCGGGGCCUCCCUCCUCACCGCGUUCCUCUACGUCUUCAUGGUGAUGUUCCGCUUUCCUCCGGUGCCAGCGGAGCAGGCCGGCCGCGUCCUCCGGCCCAGGGCUCCAUCAGGCGGCGUCCCGGUGGUGGCGCACCGCGGAGGGAGCCACGACGCCCCGGAGAACACCGUGGCAGCUAUCAGAGAGGCCAGUAGGAACGGGGCUACUGGAGUGGAGUUGGACCUGAGCUUCACGGCCGACGGAGUGCCCGUACUGAUGCAUGAUGAGACUCUGGACCGCACCACCAAUGGCUCUGGACCAGUUAACAAACUGCAGUUUGUCCAACUUAGGAGACUUGAUGCUGCUGUUCAACACAGGCUGAAGGACAAAUUCAGUGGAGAGAAGGUCCCAACUCUGCAGGAGGCAGUGGAGGAAUGCAUCAGACACCAACUGACCAUCUUCUUUGAUGUCAAAGGUCAACCUGAUAAGGCUGUAUCAGUGCUUCACGAGAUGUAUAGGAAGUUCCCCGUCCUUUACAAUUCCAGCAUUGUUUCCUCCUUUGAACCCAAAGUCAUCUACAAGAUGCGUCAGACUGACCCCAACGUAGUCACGGCUCUCACCCACCGACCCUGGAGACUGAGCCGCUUUAGCGAUGGCACUCCUAAGGCCCUGUCUGCAUGGGGCCAGAUGUGGACGGGGCUUCUGGACGUCUUGUUGGACUGGGCCCACCACCACAUACUGUGGAAACUCUGCGGAGUCUCUGCCAUCCUCGUGCAGAAAGACUUCAUCUCACUGGACUAUGUCCAGUACUGGGCAGAGCGAGGUGUGGAGGUGGUGGGCUGGACUGUGAACAACGCUGUGGAGAAAGACUACUACCAAAACCUGCUGAAGAUUGGCUACAUCACCGACAGUCUGCUGGAAGAUUGUGAUGCUUAUUACUGAAUGAUCACAACACACACACACAAGAUGACAUUUUACAGCUUCUUAUCGAACAAAUUAGUAGCUAGAAACUCCUAUGUUAGACAAGAUAUGACAUAAUAACCAUAAUUACUACAUUUUACUUUCCAUUUUACUACAAGUUUCUUGUCUUUUCACAGAACAUACAUACUGAAAUAUGUAGAUAAAGUGAAUUAUAAGGUGGAAGGAAGCCAGAAAUGUGGUGCUAACUAGCUCUGUAGUGGCAAUCAAACAACUCAUGCUUUAUAGAAAUACAUAUAUUAUAGAGGUAAGAACACAUAACUACCUGUAGCUGGCAUACAGGUAAAUUCCCUUUUAAAUUUACAGACACAUUAAACCAUGAAGACUCAACUGUAUACUUCCUUGUCUUAUCCUACUACCAGCAGCAAUACCUCCACCUCUCCUGGACCAGGGAUUAGGAUUACACCACCUUAAAGAUCUUUUCUACCUUCUGUGCUGAUCUUUCAGAGGCUUUGAUGUACCUUUAAAGAGACAUCAGUGUAUAUACUUGUAACAUUAGACAUACUGGCGUCAUAUCAAUGCCUGCUAUCUUAAUAUUUAUUUAAUAAUGGGCUCUAGAGGAUCUCUAGUUGAUAUUCUGCAACUUGACGUGCUGAUACUUGAUUGUGGAGAAACUUGCCUUCUGUCGUUAAGUUGCACAAACCUUAAGACAUUAAAACUUUGACUGACUCAACGCUAAAAUGAUAAUAUCUGAUUGUAUCCUCCAAAGGAUUUCAUUCCUGAGGGAAAGUAAAUGCACCGUUGAACCUGAGUGGAGGCGUGUGUAGUUCAAGGCUUUACACUUCUUGAACACCCUCAUUAUUAGAGAAAGACGAUUCUUUUUUUGUUUUGUUUUUGUUUUUUGUAGCCAUAUUUGUAAAACAAAAUAAUCCAAAUUCCCAUCCGCCUAAGAAAUGUUUGACUAGAUACUAUGAAACCUGUACACUUUAAUUUCUUCACAUGACUUUUAUUCAUUUAAUCUUUCAGUUGUAGUUUGUCUAUCUCACCACAUGAUGGUCUAAUGCUGCUUUAAAUAAUUAUCCACGCUGCUAGGAAUAUGAUUUGUACAGAAAAAUACAAAUUCUCUUCAUUUUAAUUAAAUUUAACAGUGUUGCCUGAAUAUGGUCGCGUUUAAAGAUAAUUAGCUGUAAAGAAUAUAAGAAUCAGCUUUAAGAAGCCUGUCUGUAAGUGUAGGAUGUGAAUUAGUCCCAGAAACAUGGGAGUUUUUUUUUAAGGUAUUUAAGGAGUUCUUGUAGACAAAAUGUCAACAACCUCAUCUUGGUGAAAACUUGUUACCAACAACUGGUUUCAACAACAUUUCUCUUGCCUUUUAUUUCCUGUAGUGUGAAGAAUGUCUUAUAAUCUAAUAAAACUUAAUAAACUCGUCCUAAUAGGUUGAAAUAACUCUGAAUGUAAAUCCAGUUUGCUAAACUGAUGUAAGUCAAUAAUGCCUUUUAAGUGAAAAUCUUAAAUAAAUAAAUUUUUAAACAGUA